UUUUAAUUAUGAUUUGAUGUCCUGCAAUUUUACAUUUUUGCAAAAUAAAAGUGCCCCAUUGACAUAUUAUUUAUGGAUAUCUCUAAAACCAAAAUUAUCAUAUAUUUAUUGACUUUUGCCGGUUAUGCCUGGUCUGGUUAUGGAAGAAAUGUCCUAGCAAAUCUCAGAGAUGCAGUUUUGUCAGCAGAGAGUUUCUUUGGAGAUUUUGCAGUCAAAGUGGUUGAAGUUGUUAAACAACUGAAAACAGUACAUGAUACUUUAAAUGAAUCUUUAGAGGAAGAUUGUGUUUGGACUUGCCCAGGAGGUGGAAAGGCUGUGAAAAAUAAAUAUCACAAACCAAUUUCUAAUGGAUGUGGACCCAUGGGAAUGGAAAUCGAUGCCAGUCUGCCUUAUCCUGAAAUGACCAAGUGCUGUAAUGAGCAUGAUCAGUGUUAUGGAACAUGUAACAUUGAUAAGGAUAGUUGUGAUCUGUCAUUUAAGAAAUUAGCUGGCAUUGAAAUUGUAAAUUUGGUCAUGUGAUGUGAUCUUUCACACAUUUAUGUAUAUUGCUCAUCAAAUUGCUACGAAGGAGGUUUUGUGCAGUGGCAACCAUCCAUAGCUCCAUUAGGGGCCUGUAUAGUAGUGCUCAUCCCACAAUUUCAGAACAACUCGUGUUUAAGGAAAGUGAAAAAUUGGUCUAAAUCCAUAGAUUAUGGCUGCUCAGUAUUCAAAAUAGAGAUAUAAUAUUAGAUAGAUUUCUCUUUCCUUAUCUCAUCUUAGAAUUAACUUUUUUAUUUGUUUUUAUC